AUGAGCGCCAACGAGCAAAGUAAAGAACUGGCUUUACCCUCUGCUCAUCUCGAAGCAGAAGAGAAAGAGGGAUGGAGAAGGAAACUAGUGACAAAGAACGAAAAAGAGGGGCUAGCAAAUAGAAAAAGAGAAAAUCGAGAGGCCGUCAUAAUUCCUUGAAUUGAACGGCGGGUUAUUCUCCACCAAGGUUACCGACGCAGAGGUUGAACGAAGCAAGCGGGCCAAGCAAGCAGGCUAGCAACCUAGCAGGCAGACUAGCAUGCAAGCAAGUAAGUAAACGAGCAAGGCAGUCAGGCAAGCCAGGCAAGCAGACAGGCAAGUUGGCUGCCAGUGAGACGCAGAGAGAAAAGCGAAAGAGGGGGCAUAUGACGAGUAGGAUGAGAAGAGGUUGGGUAAGAGAGGAAGGAGGAAGGGAAACGACAAGGACGGUGCGCGAGUAUAUACCGCAGCACGGCAGCAUCAGGCGUCGUCGGCGGUAUAUGGAGUUGGAUCAGACGGGCGGAGAGAGAGGGGGAAGGUUGGAACAUAGUGGGGGAAACGUCAGGCUGGCAGGCUCGUGGGAGAGAGAAGUGAACGGCGGACAACGAGAGCUCAUGGGGCGACAAGGAAGGGGAUUGGUCGAAGCGUCGGUACGACUGGGGGGAGGAAGGAGGGCAACACGAUCAGGUCGGCAGGCUGGUGAGAGAAGGAAGAAUAGAGAGAGAAGGGAAGAAAGAGAGAGAGAGGGAGGAAGAAACGUUGAUGUCGAGCAGCGAGGUGAGCGAAACAGAAUGAGGAGGGGAGUGGACGGUAGUAGUAUUAACGAAAUGUUAGCACUGCAUAAUAAACGUUAUAUCAAUAAACACCAAGAGAAGCUGAAUCCACAGUUUUAUAAAACAUAUUAUGACUUCUAUGUAGAACGAAGAAUACAAGCAAUAACGUAG